AUGAAGCUCUUUUCAAGAACAUCCACUUGGGGCCUCCAAGGUAGACCCUUGAGAGUCAUGGUUACUGCUACUGCCACCAUUGGUUUCUCUCUUUUCGGUUACAACCAGGGUAUGAUGUCUGGUAUCAUUACUGGUGAAUACUUUAACGAAGAGUUCCCUGCCACCAUGGCUGGUGACCACUGGGCCGCUGCCGUUGGUGAGGACUCUCAGUACGCUGAACCUACUGAUGCUGAAAAAUCUCACGCUUCUGUCAUUCAGGGUGCUGUCACUGCUUGUUACGAAUUGGGAUGUUUCUUUGGUGCUAUUUUCGCUCUUAUCAGAGGUGAACACAUUGGUCGUAAGCCAAUGGUUGUGUGUGGUUCCAUCAUUAUCAUUAUUGGUUCCGUUAUUUCUACUACUGCCUUCCACCACGCCUGGGGUCUUGGUCAAUUCGUUAUUGGCCGUGUCAUUACUGGUGUUGGUAACGGUUUCAACACUGCCACUAUUCCAGUCUGGCAAUCUGAGAUGUCCAGAGCUGAGAACAGAGGUAGAUUGGUCAACUUGGAAGGUUCCGUUGUCGCUGUUGGUACUUUCAUUGCUUACUGGUUGGAUUUCGGAUUCUCUUACAUUGACAGCUCUGUCCAGUGGAGAUUCCCUGUUGCUUUCCAGAUUUUCUUUGCCCUUUGUUUGUUCAUGGGUAUUGUCGGUAUGCCUGACUCUCCAAGAUGGUUGAUUUCCAAGGGUAAGAAGGACGAGGCUUUGGAAGUCUUGUCUAAGAUGAAGGGUGUUGCCAUUGACCACGAUGAAGUCUACGCUGAGUUCACUUUCAUUGAAGACUCUGUCACUAGAUUCUCCAGAGCCCAGCUCGGUUUCAAGGACUUGUUCUCCGGUGGUAAGUCUCAGCACUUCCAGAGAAUGGUUAUCGGUUCUUCUACUCAGUUCUUCCAGCAGUUCACUGGUUGUAACGCUGCCAUUUACUACUCCACUGUGCUUUUCGAGACCUACAUUUUCCAGGGUGAGAGACAAUUGUCUUUGAUUCUUGGUGGUGUUUUCGCUUCCGUCUACGCUUUGGCUACCAUUCCAUCUUUCUUCUUGAUUGAUACUUUUGGUAGAAGAAACUUGUUCUUGCUUGGUGCUUUGGGUCAAGGUAUUUCCUUCACCAUCUGUUUCGGUUGUUUGGUUGACCCAACUCCAGAGAACUCUAAGGGUGCUGCCGUUGGUAUUUACUUGUUUAUUACCUUCUUCGCCUUCACCAUCUUGCCAUUGCCAUGGAUCUACCCACCAGAGAUUAACCCAUUGAGAACCAGAACUUUCGCCACUGCCAUUUCCACCUGUACCAACUGGAUCACCAACUUCGGUGUUGUCAUGUUUACUCCAGUUUUCAUGGAUGCUUCUGCAUGGGGUGCCUACCUUUUCUUCGCCUUGAUGAACUACUUGUUUGUCCCAGUCAUCUUCUUCUUCUACCCAGAGACUGCCGGCAGAACCUUGGAAGAGAUUGACAUUAUCUUCGCCAAGGCCCACACUGACGGCCGCCAGCCAUGGAGAGUCGCUGCUACUAUGCCUAAGCUUUCCCUUAAGGAGAUUGAGGACCAGGGUAACCAGCUCGGUUUGUUCGAUGAGGAGUUUGAGAAGGAGCACUUUGACGUCAAGGAAGACAUCACCUCUGCUUCUUCUGAUAAGCCAGAGGAGGGUGUCAUGACUGACAACAAGGCUGCGAACCAGGUAUAG